AUGCUAUUGAUUGUGGAAAUUUCUUAGAUACGAGAUCAUCUGCUGGCAUUAAGUAUAAGAGGGUAAUUUAACACUUAACACCUUAAGGAUCAUCAUUAUAUAGGAUAGUCAGAAAUAGUAGAUUACUAUGAAAGAGCUUAGAGAAGAAAAAUAAAAUUUACAGACGAUCAAUCCCUUUAUCUUACCUAGAGGUAAGGGUAAAGUUUUGCCUAUACCAUUCCUAUAGGGAAUGAUAUUCCCGAGAACCAAACCUAUGUUUUAGUUUUGAAAUUUGCAGAGUUAUUUUAUGAAGAAAGCAAUUCCAGAAUCUUUAAUGUAAUGUUGGGGAAGAUGAUGAUUCUAUAAAAUAUAGACAUCUUUCAAUUAGUAGGAACAUUUACUGCUCAUACAGAGUAUAUAGAAUUUAUUAUUGAUGAGGGAACAGUCUAUUAUUAGGGAGAAAUCUGUAUUGGAGCUUUAAAUAGCAGAAAUGAAUUAAUUGUUGGAUUUAGUGCAAGUCAAGAUUAAGCAACGAUUGCAGCUCUGUUUUUAUUCAAAGGUCCUUUGAAAGAUACAGAUUUUGAAGACAAGGAAAGGUUUUAAGAAAGAUGGAUUUAGAGAAAUACUCCUAGGACUAAUGAGGAGAUGAAAAAGUAAAAUUAAGAAAGGGUAAAAAAUAUUGAAAAAGAAAUAGAAGAGAAAUAAAGUAUUCUCAAAAUAAGAGAUGGAUUUGGACAUGAAAUCGAAAUAGAAGAAGUUAAAUAACCGAAAAAAUAGAUGGAAUGGCCUUAAUUCUCAUUUCAAUUGUUGUUUAUUUUGAUUAAAACACCAUUAGGUGCAGUUCUCUUGGUUGGAUUUUUGACUGUAUCUUUUGUAACUAUAAGUUUUGUAUUCUUUGAUCCAUAUGGAUAAAAUAAAAUUAAACAAUAAUAUUAAGAAAUUAAGAAGUUGAGGGAAAUCAAAUAGAGCAUAAUCCCUAAAAAGUCAGUUAUGCAAAAAACAGAUUGA